CAGGAAAUCCAAGUGUUGUCUUCUUACCUGAUGAGGUGUUACUGUUGGUGCUACUGUCUUCUCAAAGAUUCAGAUGCAAAUACAAAGAAUCUCUGCAAUCUUCUUUCGAAGACAAUCUCCAUACACAACGGAAGGGAAUUGAAUAUUUAGAUAGAGCCCAAGGAGCUGCGGUAAGAUGCCAGGCACCUACACAAAAUGUCCAAUGCUCUCCAAUAUCAAUGACCCUAGUUGACAACAUUCAUAACCCAGUUUUAACAGAGACCAUGAAAGUGAAUGCUGAGUUUAUGAAUUACUCCCAGCCCAUUUAAUCACAUCACAUGGUAUAUGAGAAUUUCAUUACAGAUUAGGACAUUUUUCUGUUUGCCAAAGGUAUCAACUAUAAAAAAGGACUAAAUGUUGCAACACAAGACCUUCGUUGCAUCUUCAAUGGCACAAUAGAAACUACUGUAACUCUAUUUGCAGUUUGCACUCUGCAGAAGAGAUCUUUAGGUGUGAGCAUCCAGAAGAAGAAGAAGUGCUUCAUCAGCUGCUCGGAUACAAAAUUACUCUGUCAAUCCUUGGAAACCCUAUUCCUUCUGUUGUUUAUCAUGACAUCCCACAAUCUUAUCACAGACCUCUGCAGUAUGCUCAUGUUAGAACUGCAGAAAGAAAGAUGAAACUAUGUGCCUCCACCAUGGUGUUUAUCUCUGGACUCCGGCCCCUUCUCGCAGAGGAUCAACCUGGGUUCGCUCCAAUGGACGCAUAUGCUGCCAGUUCAGUCGUCAACUAUCCAGCAGCAGCAUCGCAGGGCCUGCAAUAUGUUAGGUUCAAGAUGGUUCCGUGUGAUGUAAAUUUACUGCAUACGCAUCCAUGAGCUUCAGAAAUGCUUACUCUUAUUAUCUCAGGAGGGCCUCUUCAAGUUGGUUUUGUUGACACUCAAGGUCAAGCUUUCAUCGAUAUUUUGCAUCCUGGAGAUGUCACCAUAUUUUCGAGGGGGACACUGAAUUUUGAGCUUAAUGUUGGAACUGAAGAAGCUAAUUAUAUCUCUGCUCUCAACAGUCAAAAUCCUGGUGUUGUGACAAGCAGCGUGUCAAUAUUGAAGCUUCCAUUGAGAAGUGUGGCAACAGCUUUCAACAUCACCCAACAAGCUGUAAAGAAAUUAGAUCCAACGAUAUAUGCCAGUGAUUCCCACUCCCCCACAAUAAAUGGCGUCCAUUGGGAACCAUAUGCACCGACCCGGCAUAAUGUGAGCAGAUAUCCAUUGCCAUGGGCGAAGAAACAGGAAGCAGAGUUUUCACACUGUGCUUCCAUGGCCAGGGAAAAGUUCCAAUGGAUGAUGUAUACCAAUGUGGGUGAGUUUGUAUUCUCUGAUUCUUGGUUGAAUGAGCAGGUGGGUCCUGAGGACAAGGGCUUUCAGGAAGUAAAACCCAGCUGCAAGGAUCUUACUUCAGGGGCUCUCUUGAAAAUGGUUAUGAGUCUAAGUUCACAGAGGAACAGCCUUCAAGAAUUUCCGAAUCUCAUAUCGGGCAACUUUCCUUCAAGUGUAGGAAUUUUGGGCCAUCAAGGCUUACCGAACACCCUGACAGAGAGCCAGUAGAAAAGGUUCAAGUCCAUACUUUUGUUGGAAGUUAGUGCUUCAGAACACUUGAAGCACUUGCAGUUAGUUGUUGAUCUAAUUUUGGUUAAUUUGCAGUUACGUUAGAGGAGGUGAUAUUGGAAACAAAUUUAAGAUUCUUUGUGUUUAACUGGAGGUUUGCAAGAAGGAUUUGGAAGAAAGACAAUAGAGUACAACCUACAGGCAUGUGCUUCGCAGAGGAAUCAUUUUCCAACCACUUAAUCUGACUGUGCUGCACAGCCAUGGAUUUUUAUUCAUCCAAGAUGUUGUCCUCUUACUUGAUGAAGUGUUACUAUCGGUCCCACUGUUUUUUCCAAGAUUCAGAUUUAGAGACAAAGAAUCUCUGGAAUGGUUCUUUCUCAAACAAUUUCUAUACACAACCGAAGGAUAUAGCCCAAUUUUCCCACUUCCUUUUCAAAGCAUUUUUGCCUUUGUAUUGUUUGUGUUUUUGAUUUUUUGUUUAUUGGCUUCUUUGGGUUUGUUCUUGGUUUCUGAUGUGAUUCUUAUCUUUUUCUUUUUAUUAUCAAAUCCAAAAUCCAAUUUUAAUUUCAACUCAGCCCAUCCCUUCUUAUCACCUUGAGAAUCUUUCUUAGCAUCUUAUUUCAAAAUAUUUUUUUUGAUUGUUAUCCGUAGUUUCUCUUUCUCUGUAUUUAUUUUUUUAUAAUUUCUUUUACGAUGAUAAAGAUUCCUAAAGUCUCCAACUAGAAUUCAUUUAUAUUUUUUGCAAGUUUAAAACCCUGUCAAUGUUUUUUUCGUAGUUCCUGCUCUUCUUGUUUUUCUUUUUCUUUUCUUCGUUUUUCAGCUUGUCAAGCAGCCUAUCUUUCAAUCUGUCUAGCUUUUAUCGAUUUUUGUGCUCUUGGAACCUUUUCUUUAGUUUUUGCACUCUUUCUAAGUGUUUCUGCUAAUUUUCUACCCCGAAUGCCUUUUCCAGGUUCUUAACUUCCUUUGGAGUAGUUGCGGAUUCUAAUUUUUGUGAUCUCUGUUCUUUCGUCUUUUGUCUUUCUUGUUUUCGUUGUCUCCUUUCCUCUUUGAUUUUUCGAAAUUCUGAGAGUUUGCUUCUUCUUUGGAUGUUCAAUUUCCUUCAGUUUGUAUAAAAACUGUUUGAGAAAAAACAUUGCAGAGAUUCUUUGUCUUCAAAUCUGAAUUUUGGAGAAAGCGGUGGGACCAAUAGUGACACUUCACCAGGCAAGAGGACAACAUCUUGGAUGAAUAAAAAUCCAUGGCUUUGCUUCAUAGUCAGAUUCAGGGAUUGGAAAUGAUUCCUAUGUGAAGUACUUGCUUGUAUGUUGUACUCCAUCAUCUUUCUUCCAAAUCCUUCUUGCAGACCUCUAGGUAAGCGCAAAGGAAUCCUUAAAUUUCUGUCUGAUAACAACUCCUCUAACGUAACUCUAACUUAACCAAUGACAAGUGAACAACUAACUCGGAAAAAUUAGAAUAGGGAAUGCCUAAAAUUCUCAGCUGCUGUCAUCUAUUGCAAGCACAAGAAGGUUAUCCAUUAUGGCUACAUAUUACAAGGACAGAAAUACUUCUGUGGCAGUACCAGCGUUUGAGGAUCCAUAUCAUCUUUGACUAAUACUUCUGUGGCAAGUUUCCUUCAAGUGUAGGAAUUUUGGGCCAUCAGGGCUCACUGAACACCCUGACAGAGGGGUAACCCAAAGGUACACUGCAGAGAGAGGCAGGAGAAAAGGUUCAACUCCCUAGUUUUUUUGGAAGCUGCCUCUACUUCAUUGUUUAAUGUAAUACACCGUUUCCAGCUGAAGAAGGGAUACAGGACAUUGUAUGUGCAGUCCUCCAUGGCAAUGAUAAAUCAUUAUAAAUAUUAGGCAUGGAUUGAGUUUAAGGUCAAGUUUAUGAGGCGAGUAUCUGCCUAUGUUGUGGAUUGGAGUGAGUCUAAAUAUUCUGCUUCUCAGGACAGAACACCUGGCCUUAGCAAUAAGGCCAUUCAGCCAGAUGAUUGAAAGAUUUUGCAAUUAGGGUGUUUUGAUUGAGUAAUGAGCCAACUUCCUAAUUAGAAUGGCAGUUAUAAAUUUAAUGUUUAAUGCUCAUAUACCUCAAAUUCUGUUUACUUGUAUAUAAUAACAAAUCGGUAUUUUAGGGGUGAUUCAUUGCCCCAGGUUUAAACUUGACAAUUUGAACUUAAUGCCAAAGGCAAAGAGGGUAGAUUACUCUGUUACAGCAUAAGCCGUAUUUGAAAUCAUAAAUUAAGUAAAAGAGCAUAACUGUACCAUGAUAUGUUUCACCAGGACAAGUCCUAUUUGAAAGCAUUUGGUGAAAAUAAAA